GAGCCUCAUUCCCCGCCGGGGCCGGGCCUGCCCCUGUGCUCCCCGGGCUGUCGGUGACUCGGCGGCGGCAACCCCGUUCCCUCGGGCCUCUGCGCUUCCAUACGCCCCCCUUCACCCCCCCCAACCCCUUUCUCCCCGCCCGGCGGGCCGGUGGCGGCAGCCAGGAAAUGGUCCGGGCCUAGCGGAGCGGCGAACGGAGGCCCUGAGCUACUCUGGGGAGAUGGAGCGGGGCAGGAUGGGUGCUGCGGUGGCCAUAGGAAAUGGCUCUGGCAACAUGAACCGUGAAGACCGGAAUGUGCUGCGAAUGAAAGAAAGGGAAAGGCGAAAUCAAGAGAUUCAGCAGGGUGAAGAAGCCUUCCCUCCCAACUCUCCUCUCUUUGCUGAACCCUACAAAGUUACCAGCAAGGAAGACAAGUUGUCCAGUCGGAUUCAGAGCAUGCUUGGUAAUUAUGAUGAAAUGGAUGAUCUUAUAGGAGACCGCUCAGUACAAAAGCUUGUUGGAAUCCCCAAACCAACCGUACCAUCAGCACCAGAUGACAAAGCAAACCAAAGUUACUUUGGUGAUCAGAGACAUAAUCCCAGCUCCCAUCAGAGCAGCAAAUGGACUCCUGUAGGACCAGCACCUAGCACUUCCUCACAAUCCCAGAAGCGGUCCUCAGGUUUACAGAGUGGGCACAGUGCUCAGCGCGGCAGUGGCAAUAACAGCGGCAGCAGCGGCCAGAGGCACGACCGUGACUCCUACAGUAGCAGCAGCAGCCGCAAAAAAAGCCAGCAUGGGUCUGAACACUCCAAACCACGUUCUUCCAGCCCUGGAAAACCAUCUGCUGUUCCUUCGUUGAGCUCCAGCCAUUCGAGAUCUCAUGGAAGUGAUCACCACAGUAAAGAACAUCAACGUUCCAAGUCUCCCCGGGAUCCUGAUGCCAACUGGGACUCUCCCUCUCGUGUACCCUCAUUUUCGAGUGGACAACACUCUAAUCAGUCUUUUCCACCUUCACUAAUGUCCAAGUCCAGUUCAAUGUUGCAGAAACCCACAGCGUACGUAAGGCCAAUGGAUGGGCAGGAAUCCAUGGAACCAAAGUUAUCUUCUGAACACUACAGUAGCCAGACUCACAGCAGCGGGGUGAAUGAGCUGAAGCCUAACAGCAAAGCACAUCUAACCAAGCUGAAAAUCCCUUCUCAGCCACUAGAGGAGAUGACCCAUUCUUGGCCUCCUCCACUGACUGCUAUUCAUACACCAUGCAAAACUGAACCGUCAAAAUUUCCUUUUCCAACAAAGGAGUCUCAGCAGCCCAGUUUUGGCACGGGGGAGCAGAAACGUUAUAAUCCUUCAUCGAAAACAUCCAAUGGUCACCAGUCCAAAGCAUGCGAAUCGAACCAGACAGAUAUGUUGAAAGAUGACUUAAAACUUAGCAGUAGCGAAGACAGCGAUGGAGAGCAGGACUGCGAUAAGACAGUGCCAAGGAGCACACCUGGAAGUAACUCUGAACCUUCACAGCAUAACAGUGAAGGAGCAGAUAAUUCACGGGAUGACUCGAGCAGCCAUAGUGGAUCUGAAAGCAGUUCAGGAUCUGACUCUGAAAGUGAAAGCAGUUCCAGUGACAGUGAAGCUAAUGAACCAUCCCAGAGCGCAUCCCCCGAGCCAGAGCCACCACCAACAAACAAGUGGCAACUGGAUAACUGGUUGAACAAAGUCAAUUCACACAAAGUAUCACCAGCUUCUUCCGUGGACAGCAAUAUUCCAUCUUCCCAAGGCUAUAAAAAGGAGGGACGGGAUCAGGGCACAGGGAGCGGAUACACUGAUCAAAGUGGAUCCAAGGAUUCCAUUUCCUCUACACCGGGGCGCGAUUCCAAACCCACCCAAAAGGGCUCGGAGGGCAGUCGUGGCAGGCAGAAAUCACCUGCCCAGAGUGACAGCUCCACACAGAGGAGGACUGUAGGUAAAAAGCAGCCCAAGAAAGCAGAAAAGACAUCUGUUGAGGAGCCUAGAGGAGGUCUUAAAAUAGAAAGUGAAACCCCAGUAGACAUGGCAACAAAUAUCCCUUCCAACAGGCAUAAGGCAGCCACAAAAGGCUCCAGAAAACCCAAUAUAAAGAAAGAGCCCAAAUCUUCCCCCCGGCCUACAACAGAGAAAAAGAAAUACAAGGCUUCAAGCAAAUCUGCCCAGAAAUCCAGGGAAUUCAUAGAAACAGAUACCUCAUCCUCUGAUUCAGAUGAAAACGAGAGCCUGCCUCCUUCCUCACAAACACCCAAAUAUUCUGAGAGCAAUAGGACUCCUGUUAAAUCUUCCAUGGAGGAGGAUGACAGCUUUUUUCGGCAAAGAAUGUUCUCUCCUAUGGAAGAGAAAGAGCUUCUUUCACCACUCAGUGAUCCUGAUGAAAGGUACCCCCUCAUUGUGAAGAUUGACCUGAGCCUCUUAUCAAGAAUACCAGGGAAGCCUUACAAGGAUGCUGACGCACCCAAAGUGGAAAAGAAACCCGUGCCAGAGAAGCACACGAGAGAAUCCCAGAAGCAGCCGUCUGACAAGAGUUCUACAAAAGGCAAAAGGAAACACAAGCAGAACGACGAUGAGAACAGAGCCAGUGAAAGCAAGAAAACAAAACUGGAAGAAAAAGCUCCAUCAGGACACAAGACUUCCAGCAGCAGGGAGUCCUCAAAGCCAAGUGCUAUUAAAGAGAAGGAUUUGCUGCCGUCUCCUGCUGCCCCAGUCCUGCAGAAAGAUGCCAAGCAAGAGCAUGGCUCCCGGAAGAGGACGGUCAGUCAGUCCUCGUCCCUGAAGUCCAGCAGCAACCUUGGCAAGGAAGGCAGUGGUGGCAGUAAAGGCAGCUCAUCUUCCAAACAGAAGAAAACAGAGGGCAAGGGUUCUAGCAGUGCUAAAGAAACCAAGGAAAAGAUCCUGAACAAUUCAUCCAGCUGCCCUCCCGUGUCUGCUCAGUCUGCAGAGAGCUCCAAGUCAAGAAGAGCAAAACUUGUUUUUGAUGAUAGGACUUACUCAGCUGAUCAUUAUUUGCAAGAAGCAAAGAAGCUAAAACAUAAUGCUGAUGCAUUGUCUGACAGGUUUGAGAAGGCUGUCUACUACCUAGAUGCUGUAGUGUCGUUCAUUGAGUGUGGGAAUGCAUUGGAGAAAAAUGCUCAGGAAUCCAAGUCCCCGUUCCCUAUGUAUUCAGAAACUGUGGAAUUAAUCAAAUACACUAUGAAGCUGAAGAAUUACUUGGCACCGGAUGCCACGGCUGCAGAUAAAAGGCUAGCAGUGCUUUGUCUGCGGUGCCAAUCUCUGCUAUACCUAAGGCUUUUCAAGCUGAAGAAGGAAAGUGCAUUGAAAUACUCUAAAACUCUGACUGAACAUCUGAAGAAUUCCUAUAAUAACUCUCAAGCACCGUCACCUGGUAUGGGAAGCAAGCCCGUGGGUAUGCCAUCUCCAGUCUCUCCAAAGCUGUCUCCAGGGAAUUCAGGAAAUUACUCUUCUGGGGCAGCCAACCCUUCAGGAAGUGGGUCCUCGGUGACGAUCCCCCAGAGGAUCCAUCAGAUGGCUGCCAGCUACGUCCAGGUUACAUCCAACUUCCUCUAUGCCACUGAAAUAUGGGACCAAGCCGAACAGCUGUCUAAAGAACAGAAAGAGUUCUUUGCUGAACUGGAUAAAGUUAUGGGCCCUCUGGUUUUUAACUCGAGCAUCAUGACAGACCUAGUGCGUUAUACCCGUCAGGGAUUACACUGGUUGCGCCUGGAUGCCAAGUGAUAUUUGGAACUGAAGGAAUGGAAACUCAAACACAUUUUUCUCGCUGCCUCUGAUUUAUCUCCACAACACUGUGUCAUGUCAAUAAGGAAGACUGCCAUAACACAUUGCUUAGUUGACACUAAGAGCAAAGAAUGCUUUCACACGUCUCCCAUCCUCAUUUGUGUUUUGUGUUUUAACCCCAAAUCAUUUGGUUAUUGGACUGCUUCAGUAUUCCCGGUUUAAGUUAUUUAAGUAUUUUAUAAUUUGCUACAUAGAAAGGAGUAGUUUUGCUGAUCUGUCAUGGGCAGAUCACUGGAAUUCCAGUCACAAUACAGGAAGAGUCCAUUUAAAUCCUAUUUAUUUGAAUUUUUUUAAUUUUAAGCUUGAACAGCCCGGUUUUGGGGCAGUUCUUAGUUAUUCCCUAAAUUUACCCUUUCGAGUACUUAGCAGAAAUUAAACAUAGACACUUUAUUUAAGUACUUUGUGAGCUUUGUUACUCUGUAAUGUCUUGUGGUGGUAGAGCCUGUAAAGGAAGUAGGGUUGAUAGGUUCUAACGUGUAGGGACACCAUACUUUCCAUGCCUAAUGCCUACGAGUCAACUAAUAAAUGACAACUACAGAUUUAUUAUUGCAGAAUUUGUACUAAAUAGAAAAAGUUCCAGAUAUUCUUCUACGUAUUAAGAUACUUCAUUUAAAUGAAUUAUAAAGAAAUUUAUAUGGAAAAGUAUUUAGCUGGAUCUGACUUGGAUGGUUUUCCAGGCAGUUUCCAAACAUGGAUUAACACUAUAACAAUCACAAAACAUUACAGUGAUUUGCGUUCAAUGUGAGAUCAAAGAAAUGGUGUAGGAAUGAGCUUCGGCCCGGCAGGUGCGAUGCAGACAGGAAAGGUUUCUGAAAAGGACAAUCUUGUGCUUUUUUGCAUCUCUUCAUUUGAAAUACCUUUUGUUUCCGUGCUUGUCGUUUCCUGACGCCUCCAGAGUCGGUGAACUUUGUGAUGGACAAACCCAACAGCAGUUAAAUUCCUACCAGAACUGGCCUUUGCGUCUUUUCCAUUGACUGAGAAACCAGGAAUCUUUAGAAACCGAGGUCCAUUUUUUCCUUUUAGGGUCUGAUAGGUGAUGGACACUACAGGAUGACAGUGCAAGAGCCGUCGUGGGGUGGGAGCACACCUGCUAUUACAGGGAGAGUGACUGUUGUGAUGCAGAAUGGAUUUAAAACUUGUAUUUACCCCGUGUUGAUGAAGGUCCCGUUAAUGUUUGAUGGAGCAUAAUACUCACUUGCGAGGGAGCGACUUGGUGCAACAGAAGUGGUUGAUGGAGUUGCAGUUGCCUGCUCUCAAAAAGUGAAAACCAAAGUACCUUUCCACGUGAGGUGCUUGUCUGAGUUAAAGGUUUAAACUGCUACUGCUUUCAGUAUCGCUUAGUGCCCCUACCAUGUCUGGUGUGCCUUAUGCCUUACUUUUAGAUGAAGAUUUUAUGAACUGUUUACAAGAUGUUUUACAGCAGGACCAGGUAUAUACUGUAUGCAGUGGUCUUCUGCAGUACUCUGGUAAAAUUCCAUUUCCUUUCUAAAAGUCCUAGUGUCCGUCACACAAACUGACUUCUCAUUGCGGUGGUCUCCUUCUGAAGAGUCCAACUCUGAAUCCUUUGGAGUGAGAUUGUGGAAUGCUGCUUUGUUUUCUCUCCCACUUCACCUUUUCUUCCAUACCAGAUAUGAACGUGCAUGUUCAGGAAAAUGAUUGCACUAAAUUUUGUGUGUAGCUGUAGUUAAGUGCCAAACUCCCGGCAACCUCACGAGAAGGAAUAGAAUUCUACGCUCUCAGUACUGCAGUAUGUCCUAUGGGCUUUAAGAGUUUAGAAGUUUUGCAAUUAGUAACCUACUAAAGGUAGCUGCAUAUUCGUAGAGCUUCCUUUGCGUUCCAGCGUGUUUUGUACUUCCAGAAAAGCUUUGCUGCGUACGAAUGGAUGGAUACGUGGGCAACAGACCUGUGACUCUUCCCAUGACAGCUGAAUUUCCUCUUCAGGUCUGUUGGAACAUCCUUUUCCUUGAAUCACUGUGCAAGGUCACGUUUCUGUUAGCGUUUGCUGUUUGAGACAGAAUCUGUACCCUCAGACUCCACAUCUUGGCUAAUGGGACACUGUCAACUCUUUUUCCUUUAAUACUCUAAAGUGCCUAGCACACUUUUGACGCUAUAUAAAAGAUACCUUCAUAGAAGUUGCAGUCAUCGUUUCUUUUUUGUGUAGUGCUGCACUAGCCGGCAUGGCUGCGUUCUGGCUUGCUCCGUUGUGCACAGGUACCAUUCCUGGUAGCGGGAAUGGGCUCAUCUCUGGGAAUUAUUUUUCUUUUCCUUAACUAGAGUCCCACAAAUACCUUUUGGUGUCACGUUCUAUUGGUCUCUUAAAAACGUAUCGCUUAUCCCUAGGUCAGUGGAUCUUUAUGGUCUUUGAACAACCACAAGACGUUAUCAUAGGAAUCAACUGGGUUGGAAAAGACCUUUAAGCCCAUCAAGUCCAGCUGUUCCCCAGCACUGCCAAGGCCACCACUAAACCAUGUAACUAAGAGCCUCAUCUGCAUGGUUUGUGGACACUUCCAGGUACAGUGACUCCAGCACUGCCCUGGGCAGCCUGUUCCAAUGCCUGACCACCCUUUGGGGAAGGAAUUGCUCCUGAUAUCCAGUCUAAACCUCCCCUGGUGCAGCUUGAGGCUGUUUCCUCGUGUUCUAUCACUUGUUACUCGGGAGAAGAGACCAGCCCCUGUACAUCAUGUCAAAAUGUGGACCUGACUGGUUGAAAGUGUCCCACCUGGACAGUGGGUUUUCAGGGUGGAAUAUCCCUGGAGCACUGUCCCAGGCCGCCUGCUAUACAGGAGAUAUUGGUGGCCUCAUGAAUUGAAAAGAAAUGCCUUAUGCAUCUGUGGCUAGUUCAAACGGAUUAACUUCCCCAUUCCAAAAGCACACCUUAUUUUGGGAUGUACUGUUGUUUCCGGGAGGAAAGUGAUGUACUCUUGUCAGAUUCCGUAGCUAAGUGCUCAAUAGGCUUCCAUCCCUCUGUCCUAGUGCAGGCGAUGGGUCUCAGCCUGUUCUUCCAUAGCAGUGACACACGUCACUGGGGUACCAAUACGCAUCGCACUAGUGACAAACGAGGGAAUCCUGAACUCCUGCCUUCCCAGAUGGAUCCCCCAGACACUUGUCUGUUAAAUACAUAUCAAUGCUGUGAUUUUAAUUCCCUCGCUGACUGUGGUCCUAGUUGGUGAAUCUUAAUAAUGGCUUACUCAGACUAGGCUUGCUCAGCUAUCAGUGCUGUCUGAAUCCGCUCUCAGACUUCAGGGUCCUGGGUGAUGAGGUGCAACCAUCAAUAAGUCGAAACAAAUAUUCAGGACACCAGAGAGAAACAGCCCUAGACUUUUCUUUUGAUUUAAAACUAUUAGCCAUAAAGCAGAGCAUCUGGGUGGCUCUUCUUGGCUUUCGAUGGCAGUAUGCAAUUUGUAUUGUAUGUGUCUUUUAAUAUAUAUGUAUAUAUAUAUGAACUCAGUCUGUCCAAAGUAUAUGUUAUACUUGUUUUUAGA